AUGCCCAAGAAGAACAACUCCAGUAAUAAAGAAAUGACACAGAAAGUGGACAAGAACCGUCCCAAGUCAAAACACGAUAAACGGGAAGCACAGAAGAAGCAUAAACAAGAGCCGUCUAUCUCUUUUCUUUUAUCCUUUAUCGUUUUCCAUCAGCAACAAAUGACUUACACCAAAGAAUAUAAGGAGCUUGUUAACUUUGAAUACCCUUGCUACAUUUGUGGCACUAUUCUCAGUCGACCCAAGAUUUGCAUUGAUCAUGUUCGUCGAGUGCAUGGUUACGAACUUCCUGUUCGUGGUGUUGGCCAAAACCGGCCUUCAGAUCCUGUGUAUGAAUUUCAGAAUAAUCCCAAUGGUGAAUAUGAUGUACAGCAUUAUGCUUGCCCCUCCUGCUGGUACCACUGUCCCGAGACGGGGUUGCGUGAACUGAAGCAGCAUACACAAGAAGAGCACCAUCCAAAGAUUGUUGAUAGUGAGAAAGCUGCAGCUUCUACUACCAACAAGGAACCGACUGCUGAAAACAAAGAUGAAGAUAGUGGUAUUGAUGAUGACGAAGAAAGCAUGGACCAAGACAGAGAGCAAAGUAAUGACAUGAAAGGCAAACAGAAAAUUGAAGGAAACGUUCGUGAAGAGGUGAAUGAAGCUUUCAGAAAGUUGAAUGAAAUCACGGAAAUGUUCAAGAACCUUCUGAGAAAGUGA